AGGAUCACACUGCAGGAAGGCUGGCCGUGAGAGGGGUGGUAUUGAAGGAGAGUCACACUGAAAAAUGCCUGUCAUCGUUCACGGGGUUACUAUUCGGCGACAUUCAGGGACCGGAUGUGCCGAUUUUUGCGGAUAGAGUUGUUUGGCGCACACGGAAGCGGAAAUGGAUGGUGGGAACGGGAGCGGUAGGAGAAUGUGCAGUGAAGCAGAACUGGCUCCAGACUAUGAGGAAAUGUUUGCUCACCGGUUCACAGAGGCUGACACAGAGUAUCAGGAAAUGCUGAAGAGUGUGGCUGAUCCACCACCCAUUGUAGAGGACUGGAUGAACCGGCCUGGAGGGAAUCGCAGGUCACAAGACUAUAGGUCCUACCGGGGACGCAGUGACAAUCGCAGCUGGUCAGAUAAUCAACUGUGGCAGGGCAGAAAUCGCAGCUACAAUCGAUCUGGGUCUCAUGAAUCAUACAGCCAAGGGACCAAUUCACACUGGCAGUCAAAUCACCAUCGUUACUGACUUUGAAUCAUGACUGAAUCUGCCAUUGUAACUAACAACAUGGAUUGUAACAGCUUAAUUUUACAAAAUUCCAUUUCAGUUUUAUUGCCAUGUGUGGAUGGGUAUUUAGAGAAAGUUAGUAGCUUGUGUGGGACAACUUUGGGUAAUUCUUCCUGGCAGUGUGUAGUAAAACAUGGUCAAAAGUAUGGUAUUCAAUUCUGUAAAACAUUGAAUGUUUUUACUGUACGGAUAUUGAUUAUGGAAUGAAUCACUCCCUUCCCCAGCCACAUAACUUUGAUCACAGAACAGCUUCCCCCACUUCCUCCCUUGCAGCCAAUAUUUUGCUGGCCUCCUGAAUGAGGGCAAUUAUGCUGCAGGUCAUUUGGCAACAGCUUGACUCCUCUGCUUAGCUGCUUAUUGGUGCAGCUCAGUUGGAUUUAGAAUAUAGUCAGGGGUGAUCUCCACAUCUCUCACUAGGGAUCUAGACAAAAGACUCAGCUGUGAGAGCUGUGAACUAUUGACAGCCUGAGAUCCAAUUAUACAAUAAAAGAGAAAAUGAAGCAGAGUGUUAAAUGACUCAAGAGCUGAGUCCUACAGAGGAUGUAUGAUGGAGCCUUAUGCAGUCUCUCAUUCCAAAUGUAACGUGACUCAAGAAUUAUGGUUGACAGCUAACAACUACACUUCCCUUACUUGCUCAUAAAGAUAUUUAAUUGUUUUUAAAUGUUUCUUCCCAUUGGUUGGCAGUUUUCUUUAUUGUUCAUUUUAGCACAGAGAGUGUGCAGGAGCUUGCAGUGCUGAGCUUUGCACCUGGCUGGUUGCUCUGAUCAAGAGUGCAAAUGCACAUCCAAAUGAUGCACCUGAAACAAAUGGUCAGGAUAUCUCAAGAUAUUCAUCAAGGAGAGAGGAAGAUUUUCACUUCCCAUCUGUAGUUUAACGUGGAAUGAGUAUUCUUCUUUGUCUGUGAAGGCAGUAAUCCAUCAGGUGUUCAUUAUUGAAGAGCCUGAGGCCCCUCUAUUUAAGGUGUCUCCUGUUGGAGUUACAAUGAACUAUUCUCCUUCGCAUUUUCCUUGUCUCACCUAAUGUUCAGAAGCUGGUAUUGCCACUCACCCAGCAACAGGGAUUCGAAGAAAAUGUAAAUUGAAAAAAUGUGUGCAGUUGGUUAAGUGUCUUUCAAAGUUAUCUGUAUGUUAGGUUAAUGUUCUUCUAUGUUUUUCUUCCUUGAGUUCAAAAGACUUCCCUGCCAUUUUCUCCUUAGAACUUAAGUUCUGUGAUCACCAGGAAUAAAAUAACAAACUGCUGGAGGAACUCAGCAGGUUGAGCAGUGUCUGUGGGGAGGAGAGAGGAAUUGCCAACAUUUUAGGUCCAGGUUCUGAUGCAAAAUCUCACCCUGAAACAUCUACCAUUCCUUACCCCACCCACCCCCACAGAAGCUGCUUGACCCACUGAGUAUCUCCAGUAGUUUACAUCUGCAGUCUCUGGGUUCACCAGGUGUUAUGAGGAAGCAGGUUCACAGGUUUGGUAAGUGAGACAGAAGAUAUUGAUUACAAAUAAGCAUAUUAACCAUUUUUUUAAAGACAAACAGUAAAACACUCAACCUAACAUCUAAGCUACCUAAACUUACAAAAACUAGUAUACUAAACUUUCAGAAACACUUCAAACUCAACAGGUACCUCAAUAAGUCUCCCCAAGUUACACAACUACAAGACUAAACAUUCGACAACAGAUGCUUAGCUAAGAGUGUGUGUAGGCCCUCCUAUAUCUGCAGCAUACUUUCCCAAUGGUUCUUCAGCCCUGGUUGUGACCUCAGCCUGAAGAAGAGUCCCUGGAGACAAAGGAAAAGCCAGCAAGUCUCUCCCACAUGCUAUUCUUAUACCCCUGAGGCACCUGGAACUGGACACCAGUGCCAUGAUAGGCAAGGUGACCAAUGGGAAAGAAUUGCUGCAUCCUUUGAAUGAACUAGUGGACAACCAAUAUGGCAGAAGCAGCUUUUGACCAACAAAUAAAGUAACCCGUCACAUUACACCAGUAAUGUGAGUGAAGUUCAAAGGCUGCAUUACCAAUGUAACUUUUAGCUAAUAACUUCAUUUUUAAAGGUUAAAUCACCUUUAGCAUUGGCAAGUUCACAUUGUGAAGUGACAUACAUAGAAAAUAGGUGCAGGAGUAGGCCAUUCGGCCCUUUGAGCCUGCACCGCCAUUCAGUAUGAUCAUGGGUGAUCAUCCAAUUCAAAACCCUGUACCUGCUUUCUCUCCAUACCCCGGCCCAGGGCAACAAAGGCUAUUGCCCGUCCCUUCAGAAUGGCGUUCGCCCAUCUCUUGAACUUUAUUUUGUAUGGCUCCAUGUUAACUGCCUUCCCUCCCCAGCUGUCCAUUACCGAUUCCUGGAUAGGCCCCAUCUACAAACACAGUGGAGAUAAACUUCAAACAGCCCAGUCAGGCCAUCCAGAGCUGAAUGCUCAGUAUCAUCCCAGCUGGGACAGUGUUAUUCAUAGACUUGGCAUGGACACUGGAAAACUAGUUUACACUGAAUAUGGUUGUAAUAUCUUAUUUUUGUACACUUGUAUCGUUCAAAUAACAAAUAAAAGAAAACAUUCCUGAAAGUA